AUGCGGCGCACGGCGACAACGCUGCUACUGCUGUGGCUAGUGACCCUGCGUAGCGCACAGGCCAGCGCCUGCGACAGACUUCUCGCCAACUACAUCAAUAGCAGCUUUCCCGCGCUGGAGGUGAUGGUGCGGGGCGAAGUACACGAGGUGCGUAUACAAAGCGCAACGGAUGCGGGGCGGGCGGGGCGCGCGCUCGCCGCGCUGCUGGCCGCCGCCGCGCGCCGCCUGCGCUACGCACGCGUGCGCCUGCUGCCGCCCCCGCCCCCGCGCACGCCGCCGCGCACCCACCCACUCCAGCACACGCACAACGCCUCUGCGACCCUAGCUCGGUGA